AUGCUGCAAAGCGGCUGGUCGCUCUUUUGCGGUUACCUUCAAGACGUUUGCGUCGUGCUCACCCUCAUCCUCAACGGCUACAUGAUCUUUCUGAUUCUGACGAAAUCGCCGGAACGGAUCGGAAACUAUAAAUAUCUUAUGCUCUACAUUUCGGUUUUCGAAAUACUUUAUGGACUUUUGGCGACUCUCACUAAGCCUGUAAGUUCUGUUAUCAUGUGGGGCGUCUUGAUGAUGUGUUCAUAGAAAUAAUUUGAAACCCGUUCAGUUUGUCCACUCGUACGCCUCGCGUGUCAUCGUAAUCGUGGACGCGCGCAACUCGAUCUUCAGUCGACAAAUGAUAAAAGUGCUGAACAGUUGUAUUUGUGGAUUCUACGGCUGCUCCGUCUCCAUCCUCGCCAUCCACUUCCUCUACAGAUACGGAUCACUGGACAAGGCGCGACGGACCACUUUCGAGGGUCAUCGCUUCUUUCUCUGGUGCCUCGUGCCCAUUGUCUACGGCAUCGUUUGGGGACUCGUCUGCUAUUUUAUAUUCCCUGAUAGCGACGGAUUCACCGAAUUCAUCAGGUAACCGCUUUUUUCUUCACGAAAAAUAUCAAUAAAGAGUUCAGAAAAGAUGUCUGGGACUAUUUCGAGCUGAAAAUCGAGGAUAUCGUCUAUACGGGACCGUAUUAUUAUCCGGAAGAUAAGCAAGGAAUACACGAGUUUGAGCCGUCGGCGGUCUUUGGAAUGGCCAUUCUCUGGUUCAUUGUGGUAACAUUUUUCUGAGGAAAAGCUCUCAAAAAUGCCUCUAUCCACUAGGGAUCCUCAUCGUUCGUGGUCAUUUACUACGGAAUCAACUGCUGGCUCAAAAUGCGAAAACUUCUUUCGCACUCCACGUCGACGUUGGCCAAAGGACUACAACAGCAACUUUUCAAAGCGCUCGUUUGCCAGGUUAGUGGAACCGACAAUAUCAAUCGGAUCACUCUUCUCUUCUUUGUUCAGACUAUCAUCCCGCUGAUCAUGCUCUACAUCCCGUGCUCCAUCGUCUUCUUCUGCCCACUUUUCCAGAUUGACAUUGGCAAUUGCAGUGCGUUCAUCACGGUCUCAGUGGCCGUCUACCCGGCAAUCGACCCGCUUCCCACCAUUUUCAUGGUCAAAACCUUUCGAAGAGCCACUUUCGGUGCGUGAAUUGGCAAUUUCCAUAAUAAUGAUAAUGUUAAAAUUAUGUUCAGAGCUCCUGUGCUGUUGUUGUUUGCCGCUCCGAAAAGGAUCAUCGUUCAAUACUUCAUCGGCCUCCAAGACUCAAGCGAACAAAUCUCUUACGACCAUUUAAUAAUAUUAAUUACUCGGUUUUUAUAUCGUGUUCCCAGAAACCGACUGUUAUUGUGGGGGUGUCGUCUGGGGAAUCCACUACUAUGAUGCUUCUAGAACAUUAGCCUCAUUCUCGGCAUGGAUCGAAUCAAGCAAGGAUUCACAAUAUUCGGAAUGUGCAUGAACUUACUGCUCAUUCAGUUGGUAUUGUAUAGAUCGCCGAAAAAUCUGGGCGCCUACAAGUACGUUAUGGUGUACAUUUCCGUGUUUGAGGUGUUCUUCUCGGUGGUUGAGUUGAUGAUAUUGCCGGUCAGUUUUCUGCACUAAAUGCAUUUAGAACCGACGUUUUUCUACAAACUGGGAGCGCAAAAUGUGGAUCUUGAUGAGUUCUAUACAGGAUUUGUGAACUCAAAGUCCCAACUUGUACGAAAAUGUUGGUUCUAGAAGAAGUUGGCGUAAUCCUAAUUGCAGAUAAUGUAUUGUCAAGACUCUGCGUUUUUCGUGAUCGCCGACCCACACAAAGCAGUCUUGUCUGGCAGUUUUUUGAGUAUUGUCGAUUGUAUGUCAUUAUUCUUUAAUUCACUCGUUAUUUCCAUUCUUAAGUAAUCUUCUGCGGCUCGUUUGCAGUUUCGCUGUCAAUUUUUGGAGUUCAGUUCCUCUACCGUUACCUAGUUCUUACCGGGUACGCUUUCAAGUGUCUUAUAAAUAUUGUAAGUUUAAAUGCUCAGAAAUGUGUCGUGGACAUCCAGUAGUCCCCUGAACGUGUUUCUCUGGAUCGGAUCCCCGAUUGCGUUCGCGAGCAUUUGGAUAUUCUCGUGUGCAAUCUUCCUGCGUCGCAACGAGUUUGUGGACAAGGUUUUGAGGUACGAUUUGAGAAAAUUCUCUGCUUUUUUUUGAUAAGUAUCAGUUCAGAGAAACCGUACUUCCUGCACUGAAUGUAGUGGACAUUGAGACCAUCGGUUUUGUCGGUGUCCUUUUCUACCCGAAACUCGAUGACGGUACAGAAGUGAACAACUGGGACUCGUUCAUCGGAAUGUGCCUUUGCACAACUGUUCUGGUAAGCCGUUACUCGGAUUUUAAAGGUUCUUUUUUCAGUUGAGUUCAGAAAUAGUGAUGGCGUUCUUCGGUGUGAAGUGCUAUCUCUCCACCAAAUCGCUGAUGAUCUCGUCCGUCGGCUCCACCAAAUUCCGACGUCUUCAAUGGCAAUUAUUCUAUGCGCUCGUGUCGCAAACGACAAUCCCCAUCAUUUUCAUGCAACUUCCCAUUUCCAUGAUUUACAUCUCCACAUUUCUCAACUGUUCCGCUCCGUUCUUCGGAAAACUUCAAGAAGUCACUUUCGCGUUUUACCUCGCCACAGACGCACUUCCCACCAUUUUCAUCAUUAAGAGUUAUCGAGAGACUGUGAUGGGUGAGAGAAGAAAUCGGGAAAAUAUCUGGUACAAUAUUAAUAUUGUUAGUUUCAGACUAUUUGAGAUGCGUCAAGACCAGUGUAACUUUUGUGUUAUCAAAGGGAAAACGACGAGAUGGAAGUGAUUUGGGCACCUCGAUGAGUGUGAUUUUCAGAGGAUAA